CAUGCGCAGAACAGCCAAUAGGAACAAAUAGACACUUGAAUUACAAUAUGCUGAAAUAUUAUGAUGGAAGUUUUGCCCAGCCACGCCACAAAUGAAGUACCUACCACAGCUUUUCUUUUUUUUUUAAAAAAAAGAAACAAAAUUUUGACCCAAUAUGGCGGAGGGUUUCACCCUGUUUCUUCUGUCUGGGAUGCUGAUGUGUGGACUGCUGCUCCACACGGUGUCACAGCAUGGAGCCAAUGUUGAUAAGCCCAGUAAGAAGCCCAAUUUCAUCAUCAUACUGGCAGAUGAUAUAGGCUGGGGUGACCUGGAUGCUAACCAGCCUGAAGAGAAGGCAAACAACACACCUUACCUCAACCUGUUGGCCGAGCAAGGACAAAGAUUGACAGACUUCCAUUCUCCUGCCUCAACCUGCUCCCCAUCCCGUGCUGCCAUCCUGACCGGCCGUUAUGGCCUGAGAAACGGGGUGACUCAUAACUUUGCUGUAGGCUCUGUGGCCGGUCUGCCUCUGUCUGAAGUCACCUUGCCCCAGCUCCUACAGAAGGCGGGAUAUUACACCGCCAUGAUCGGGAAAUGGCAUCUCGGCCACAAUGGACCAUAUGGUCCAAUUAACAGAGGUUUUGACUACUACCUAGGUAUUCCUUACAGUAAUGACAUGGGCUGUACUGACUUACCUGGAUAUAAUUUGCCACAGUGCCCUGCCUGUGACUCAUCUGGACCUCAAGUGAUCAGAUUGAAGAGGAGUGUACAUGGAGGCUGUUAUUCCAAAGUGGGCCUUCCUCUGAUUGAAAACAGCAGUAUUGUGGAGCAGCCGCUCGACCUGUGGACGCUAACAGAGCAAUACAAAUCCACUGCAACCAGGAUUAUACGCAAUGCAAGGGAGCGAGGACAGCCCUAUCUCCUUUACAUAGCGUUGGCUCACAUGCAUGUUCCCCUGGCCCCUCCACUCCCCCCAGAAGUCUCUGCUGCCGGCCGUCGCCCAGAUGACAGCAAAGUGUACACUGCCAGUCUGCGAGAGAUGGACAGCCUGGUGGGGGCGGUAAAGAGCGCCUCUGAUGACACAGACAAAGACAAUACUCUCAUCUGGUUCACCGGUGACAACGGCCCUUGGGAACAGAAGUGCCAGUUUGCAGGAAGUGUAGGCCCUUUCAUGGGAAAGUGGCAGACCAGCAGAGGUGGAGGCUCAGCUAAGCAGACCACCUGGGAGGGAGGUCACAGGGUGCCAACUGUGGCUUAUUGGCCCGGGAGGAUCCCUGCAAACACCAGCAGCUCAUCCCUGCUCAGUGGUAUGGACAUCUUUCCAACCCUUCUGUCCCUGGCAGGGGUAACUCCCCCCUCAGACCGACGUUACGAUGGCAUUGACGCCACAAAUAUCCUCCUGCAUGGUGAACAGACUGGUCAUGAGUUUCUGUUCCACCCCAACAGUGGUGCUGCAGGGACGUUUGGUGACCUGCAGACAGUUCGAACAGGGAAACACAAAGCUUUCUACAUCACAGGUGCAGCUGAGGCGUGUGGUGGUGCAACAAGAAGGCAGCAGCUCCACGACCCGCCGUUGGUAUUUGAUCUGGAGCGCGACAAGCCUGAGGAAACACCCCUGGAAGUGGAGACACCUGAAUACCAGACAGUAGUGGAAAAGAUCACCCGCAGGAGGGAGACGUUGUUGUGGGACAUUGCCACCGACAAGUCAGUGUCCACAGCAGACUACAGCACAGACGCAUCAGCAGCGCCCUGCUGUGACCCCCGGCAGGCUGUUUGCCGCUGCCACACGCAGCGCUGAGGGGUGGCGAAAUCACACACACACACGAUAGGCUGAAAGAGAGCACACAGAUGUAAGCAAACGGAUAUGGAGACAAAUACCUACUUUAGAUGUGCUCAGCUGUUAUGUGAAUAUGUUUUUUGAGAGGUCCAAUGUCCAGAUAUAGCAGGAGACGUGCAAACAAGCAUAAAGAAGAGUAUUGGGAGGUCAAUAAUUUGGGGAAAACAACAUCUAUCAGACAGUAAAGACAAAGCUACAAUUUAUGAAUUUGUUGCAGUUUAGUUUGUUAGUUAAUGUUUGUUGAUGUCCAAAACCUUAACUUUAUUAUUAGUAUUAUUGUGUUGGAUAUUUGAUGAGAUUUGAUGCAGGAACAUUAGCAACAAAAAUUAUUAUUAUUUUUUUUUUUUGUUAUUAAAACUACAACACAGAAGUUGAAUUACUUCUCAGCUUUAAUGAGUCUCUGGUUGAACAGUUCAAGCAUGUGGGUGUCCUAACAGCGCCACCUUUUGGCAAAUGAAAUGGUAUUACCAUGUUACUUAUUACAACAGUCCUAUAUAUAAAUGUUAUAUAUACAUUAUACACACAGUAAAAAUCCUCAAUAUAAUCUAUAUAUGUACGCAUGGUAAGUGUAUGCGUUGAUGUGUAAUACUUAAAACAUUUUUGCAAAAAGAAUAUUUAAUACAUCAAAGUAGAAAUGACUGACUUGCAUGUUAAUGUACUGUAUUCAGCAUCAUGUAGUAAAUAGGAAAGAUCUUCAAGAUAUCACUGAGAUUGAAGGACCUGUAACUUUGUCGCGUACAGCUUCACCAUCAAGCUUUUUCACAGUUAGCUGUCGACCGCUCCUCCUACAGAGCAUACUCCUCCACAUACAUUAUCAGGUUACAUUUAGGCUCAUCUAUCGCUACCAGAAUUAGUAUGACAGCUGCAUCUGCAAGUCAUAUAAUACUUACUGCAUGUAACAUGAUUUAAAUAGUGUAUCACACUUUAAUCCUUUUUCCUUCUUGAGUAAAUGACUGCUCCUCGUUACUGAGGUGUGACACAUUUAAUGCCCAUUGAUAAGCUCCCAGAUUCCAGAGGCCUGAUUGACAAAAGAA